CUUUUUCCUGAACACAUGUGCUUGCCUUCUUGCUCUCUCGCUCCCUUCACUGGGUCCACAGUGUCCUCUCUUCCUUGGCUCCACUUUAGGUCUUUUCUCAGUUGGGGAAAAAGCAACAACAACCAAGAAAAAAAAAAACCUAAAAAAAACCCCAACAAAGCAACGUCUCAAGCAAGAAAACUUCUCAGAGAAUGCUUCAUCUCUUCUGCCUCUGAGAAAGCCUCAAUUGCAGCUUUAAAAGAGAGCCUUUUGAAACCAUAGCCGGCAGAACUUUUUUCAUUUGAUAAAAGAUCAAAAGAAAGAACCAAAGAAGGACAAAGGAUGGAACUUCAGAAACUAUCAAAUGGACACCACCUUGAUUUUCAGCGUAUGGAAGAUGGAUCGUCACCAGAACAAGAGGAAUUUUUACCACAUAAAAGCAAUGGGAAAAAAAUUUCUCAGUUUACAGAUUUUGAAGGGAAGACCUCAUUUGGAAUGUCUGUGUUUAACCUUAGCAAUGCUAUCAUGGGCAGUGGAAUCCUUGGUCUGUCCUAUGCCUUGUCCAAUACUGGCAUCAUUCUUUUCCCUAUCUUGUUGACCUGCAUCGCUGUUCUUUCAUCUUACUCCAUCCAUCUCCUGCUGAGGAGUGCAGGGGUUGUUGGUAUCCGUGCUUACGAGCAGCUCGGUAAGCGGGCACUUGGACACACCGGAAAAAUACUGGCUGCUGUUGUCAUAACAAUGCACAACAUCGGAGCAAUGUCCAGCUACCUCUUCAUUGUAAAAUACGAGUUACCUUUGGUCAUUCAGGCCUUUCUGGGCCUUCAGCACAGCACUGGGGAGUGGUUUCUUAAUGGCAACUAUCUGAUCAUCAUUGUGUCCAUCUGUAUUAUUCUUCCACUGGCCCUAAUGAGGCAGCUUGGAUAUCUGGGAUACACCAGUGGUUUUUCUCUGACAUGCAUGGUUUUCUUCCUCAUCUCGGUCAUCUACAAGAAGUUCAACAUUCCCUGCCCUCUGCAGGGGUUCAGCAAUUACACAGCAGUCAAUAUCUCUAUAGACGUAGAGUGUGAGGCCAAAUACUUCACUAUCAACCAGCAGACGGCAUACACAGUGCCCAUCCUGGCGUUUGCAUUUGUGUGUCACCCUGAGGUGCUGCCUAUCUACACUGAGCUCCACAACCCGACUAAGAGACGCAUGCAGGCCAUUGCCAACGUGUCCAUCCUGGGCAUGUUUGUAAUGUACCUGCUCACAGCCAUCUUUGGAUACCUCACCUUCUUUGCAAACACAGAGGCAGAGCUGCUGCACACCUACAGUAAGGUGGACCCGCUGGACACUCUGAUCCUGUGUGUGCGACUGGCUGUACUGGUUGCUGUCACAUUGACUGUGCCUGUCGUUCUCUUCCCGAUUCGUCGAGCUUUGCUGCAGUUGCUGUUCCCUGAGAAACCUUUCCACUGGGCUCGGCACAUCUUCAUCGCCGUGUGCCUCCUCUUCUUCGUCAACCUGCUUGUGAUCUUUGUGCCCAACAUCCGAGACAUCUUUGGUAUCAUUGGGGCAACCUCGGCACCAAGCCUGAUCUUCAUUCUCCCAGGCUUAUUCUAUAUACGCAUUGUUCCAAAAGAUCAAGAACCAACCUUUUCUAGACCAAAGAUCCAGGCUGCCUGUUUCACAGCUCUGGGCUUCAUCUUCAUGUCCAUGAGCUUAACCUUUAUAGCCCUGGACUGGAUCAAUGGAGAAAACCGUAGUGGAGGGGGACAUUGAUUCCCAGCCACAAACACACCAGGGUCCAACAUGCCUGCUCAGCAGAACCCCAUCCAGCUGUCCUCUCCUGCCAAACCUGGGUGGGAAUCCGAGAUAACGGCAAAAGAAAAACACAACCCUGCUAGGCUGGACCCAUCUUAUCUCUGGUGUCUUACCCUAAUGAGAGAGGGUAGAACCUGCUUCCCACCAUAUUUAAAAUUAAACCGAAACGUUCCGUGGUGGAGGAUCUUGGUGAAUAUGGUGAUGUCACAUCCCUCUGUGGCAGCUAUUUCAGAUGAAGAUCCUGCAUGCAGUCACUUGCUUUGACAAUCCCUGGAGAGAAAAGGCAGUUACAUUUCUGUUGGAAAAUUAUUACAGAUUGUACAAAAUUCCAAAGGUCGAACAGCUGUAAGAAAAGGGAGAUUCGGUAAAAGCAACUGGAUAGGUUUAUUUUAUGUUCUGUGUUCUCCUGUAUUACAAAAAUUAUACAACUUUUGUUGAUCUUGCCCAGUCUUGUCUUAAAGAUACUGUGACAUGGAAAUGUAUCAUAAUUUCUUUUGUUUCAGUCUGAUCUAGUACACUACAAUGUAAUGAGGACACAUUUUUAUGACACAUGGUCUAAAAAUCUGUUUGGUAAUGGCUGAGGACCUGAACUAAGCAUUUGGAGUAAGUCACAAAAUGCAAGAUUUGAGUACCCAAAUUGUGCAAGAAAAAAAGGCAAUUGUGACAAAAAAUAUGAUCAAUUUUAAAGCUACAAUCAGAUUUAUAAUUAUCUCUGUUUGUGUGAAAUAUAGGCUAUUGCAUAAAGCUGCUAACACCUGAGGAUAACCCAUUUUAUAACAUUCAAAGUGCCAAGUAAAACAAACAACAUUGAACAAUCUUGUGCCUUAAAAUGUAUUCCUGCAUUCUGAGCUCUGGCUAUAAAUUUUGCAGAUUUCUUUUCAGAUUGCAAAAUACUCCCAAAGCCUCAUUACUGAAACUACAGGGUCAUUGCUCUGAAACCCGUGAUUUGAGGUUUUAAACUGACUGAACAAAUUCUAAAUUGAACAAUUAGUUUUAGACAUUUCUGCACAACUUUGUUUUGUUUGUUUGUGUAUUUAAAAUUACAUUUCAUUUGCAUAACAAGUCAGAGGUACGAGAAAGUACAACUUGUUGUAGUAAUGGAAUUCAGUGUUUAACUGAUACUUCAAGUGAAUUUGUUGAGGACUGUCUCAGAAGAAGUUCAUCUGUUGUGUUUUAAGGUGUUUAUUUAUAACCUUGCUUUCCAGAAGGCUGCCACUAUCAAUAUCACCAAGACAGUGGAUUAAGUUGUAAUUGGUUUACAGUGAAUGACUAAAGCUCAGUAAUUCACAGUGUAUUCAUGUUGAUAUUUCUGAGCCACAGAUAAAACCUGAAUCAAUGUCCAAAUUUUAAAAAUUGUUUUAUGAAAACAAUAAGAAAGAAAUAGAAAAAAAAUCCUUUUUUAGCUUGUUUAUAUGAGCAUAUAAGGCAGUCCAAGUUUUAAAAACAAAAGGGAAGGCUAUUAUGUCAUAAAUUGCUUUUCCUCGUGGUCAAUAGAAAACUGUGAAACAAAACGCUCUUUGUAAAAUAAAAUUUCAGGAGCAGGAGCACUCUAAUAACUAAUCUUUGCAAUUAUCAUGACGAAUCAUCAAAGACAAAUCUGAAUGCUUGUUUAAUAAAAAUCCCCACUUACAAAAAGCAGCGUACAUUAGCAAGAUGGUACAAGCACAAACAUGGCCUGACUGCUCUUCUUAAAAGCUGUAAAAUAACUCAGAAUUAUUUACUAACCUACUAUACACCAAAUAUCCCCCUAAGCACUCUUACCAUGCUCACAUCUCCUUACUCUCUCUGUAAUAAACUGUAAACUAUGCACACAGCAUUAGUGCUCAUGUAAUCAGCUCCACUGAUGCGCAGUUGAAGUUAUUUCUACGAGCCGUUCCAAGCUGAGGGUAUUUAUUCUUUGUAUAACAACAUGGAUGACGUGCAGGGGCAUCUUUGGUGCGGUCAUGAACUGUUAUCUGUGUAUGUCAGUACCUCAGCAUUUGAUGAUUGGUGGAGUUUAUCUUAAACAUGCAGGCUAUGCCAGUUCUGCUGUUUUGUUCUGGUUUUGUUUCUUAACAGAGCUGCAUUCGUGCACCAAAAUGCCUCGUGGAUUAUACUCAGCUCAGACACCUUGCCUCAGUGUUUCUCUUUAACUUAUAAAACAAGUUUUCAAAUUUAUGCACUCUAACUUUGCCUUCUUUUUGCCUUCUUCUAACCCCCAAAUGGAAACCAUUACAGAAUUAUUUGCUUUUCCCCAGCAAUCCCGCUAUCCUUAAAUAUUAAGUAUUAAUGUGUAGUAAUGUUUGUAUACUUUUUUCCCUCAGCUCUACCCAUUUUGAGUCGGUUGUUUAAAAAAGUGCCAAUGUUUCAUGAAGAGACACAACUUUGUGACAUCCAGUGACACCAAAGAUAUUUGAUGAAGCUACUUCAGCUUUGUUUUGGCUUACUGAACUGGCUCCUGAUUUGGUGCUUGCCAUUCUCAAUAAAGAAAUGAAUAAGUAUUAA